AUGUUACCGCAGUCACAGCAGGGGUUACAGCAGGGACGAGUUAAUAUUCCGAACCAUCCUUCCGCCAAGCCCUAUCCCCUCCCAGAGACCCCCGCGCAGACGGCACCCUACCCCGCGCAAUACUGCUUGGGCCAGAACCAGCAGCGGUACAACUAUGAUAUUGGGGCUCCAUCAAAUGGGAUGAUUAACGGUAAGAUAUCGCCAAAUAUGCGCGUUGGAAACAUGGAGGAUUCCGGCAGUAGUGGAAGCAACCAGGCGUAUAGUACCCCUACGGACAACCGAAUAUCGCCUCCAGGUGCACCGCUUUAUAUGAAUACGGACCACAAGGACAGUAGCGGGCCACCCAAGGACUAUGUGGUGUUCCAGAAUACGAAUAAUGGGUCGCAACUCAACGGGUUGAUGUCUCAGCACGAGGGCGGCGGCCAUGUAUCAGAGGAGGUGAACAAAGCACGGAAAAAGGCGCAGAACAGGGCCGCGCAAAAGGCCUUCAGGGAACGUAAAGAGGCGCGGCUUAAGGAAUUGGAGGAGAAGCUUGCGGAGAGUGAAAACAGCAGGCAUGACUUGAUGUUGGAAAUCGGAAAGUUAAAGAAGCUCAACGCGGAGAUUAUGCUCGAAAAUAAAGUUCUUUUACAGAAGGGCGCUAUACCUCUGAGUCCCAACGGGAACACCGCGCCAACCAAUAAUAGCAGUACGUGGAACCAGGAUUCGAUGGCCGUGGAUGAACCAGCCCACUCUAAUUUCUCUUUCCCCACGGAGGACGAAUUCUAUGAAGAGAUGGUUGCAAACACGGUCAAGAACAAGUUCAUCCGUAAUCUCAACAAACCAAACGCAGAAGAAAACGGCAGUGCCCCUGCGAACUACCUAAUCAAGCAGAACACGGAGUACACGGAUGAGUUUGGAAGGAGGCUCCUGACGGUGCCGGCGACGUGGGAGUAUCUGUCGAAACUAUCCGAGGAUAAAGAUUUCGACGUCUCCUACGUGAUGAACAGUCUGAAGGGUGAAGAAGUUUGCGAUGAACAUGGCCCCGCAUACGCAAGAAAUCUAAUAGAUAUGCUGGUGGAAAAAGCCGCCAUUGAUUGA